AUGAGAGACAUCAUAGAACAGCUACGAAUGGACCUUGCCACAACACAAAAUGAACUUGAAAACAUUAUUCUAGACAAUAAUGACCUCCGUUCACAAGUGACCAAUCUUAUCAAGGAAAAUAACACAUUAAAGGCUUUUCUAUCCAAAACACCACCAAAGAAAACCACACCGCCCAGGGCAUUCAGUGACAACAAGACAGAGGAAUUCUCUAACAGGAACAUCCUAACCCUCGAGCAGAAUCUUAAAGAUCUCGAGCUGCAACUGAAGUCAGCCAAAAAUGAAAUAGCGGACCUUAAUAAUCAAAUCGUAACCCUUCAAAAGGUAGUCCAAGCUAAAGAAUUCGAAGAAUCCUCGCUAAUUCAGCACACGAUUAAUUUAAACUCAGAAAUUGAUAAAACAUCUAUAAAUUAUAUGAUAAAAGUUGAAAAUGAUAUAGCACGCGAACCUUCAAAUUUUUGGAAAUACGUUAAAGAAAAACGAAAGAAUAGACAACAGAAUAAGGAAUUUGUGUAUAAUAAUAGAAUUUUAGAAGGGCAGCAAGCUAUUGAUGCAUUCGCGCAGUAUUUCAGCUCAGUUUUUCAACCUGAUACUCCAUUGUUAAAUGUAGAGGCAGCGGAACGCGAUGCAAUGUACGCGGACUGUGUAACCAAAGUCAGUAUUAAUAUUAUUAAAGCUUCAGAUCUACGAUAG